UGUAGUAUUUUCCUUACCUACAUACACUUAUCGAUCAUAGCAACCACUUUGUUAUUUUUUUAAACAUUUGUGACGUUCAAAAAAUAUACAACUCAAUUUCCUUACGAAGUCUGAAAUAUAUUUCUUUUUCAACAUCUAAAAAUUAGCUAUAUUAAAAAAAUGUCUGAUACUGAAGAUAUUGAUUGUGAUUUUCCCAUUGUUUUUGAGCCUAAUAUUGAGCCAUCACCUGAACCUGAGGAAAUGGCCCUUCUUCCCCCAAAUCACCCACUACUUAGCAAGUUUCAGGACUGUUUAAGGGGUCACUUAAUACGUACUAAACAUGAUAUAGAAAAUGAAAUUGCAGAAAUAAAACACCAUGUUAAACUGAGAGAACAACGACGAGAAGAGCAAGGUUUGACAUUGUAUGACAUGCAACAAAAAAUGAGAUUUCAAGAAAAACAAAUUAAGGAAUUAUCCGCUGUUAUAGAAAAGCAUUUAAAAAAUCGCCAAGAUGAAGAGUUUAAUACAAAAACUUUAAGAGCGGAUAACGAAGAAAAAAUUAAGUUAACUAAGUCACAAAAAUCGCUUUAUCAUGAAAGAAUGGCAGAGCUAGAAGACAUGCAAAGUUUAGGAAGUAACAUCAAAAAAUGGGCGUUUACCGUAGAAGAUGAAGUAAAAAAUGCCAAACGCAUUGUUAGUAGAGACGCCCAAUUGCAGGACCAGCUUUCACAGGAAAAACGAAAGUCUGAUAUACUCUUUUAUCGGUUAGAUAUAGAAAUAAAAAAGAGAGAAAAUGAGUUACUGUCAAUUUGUGAAGAAGAAUCUACAAUGAAAGAGGUGAUUAAUAUUUUAAAUAUGAGCAUAGCAAAUGCCAAUACAGAUUUAGAGGUUUUGCAAAAUGAACACAAGCGGCUAACACAGGCUUGGAAUGAGGUUAUUAUAGCCAUUCAGUUGAGAGACAAAAUUUUAUUUCAAGUACAAGACGCAUCUAGAAAACACAGGGAGGCAAUAAAACACAAUAUAGCGGGAAUAGAAGCUAUUAAAAAACAAAUUGGAAAGGAAAUGGAACUUAAUAAAAAAUUGGAUUCAUUUAAGCAACGGCUGGCAGAUGAAACUAAUUCAUUAGGAAGGGAAUGAUGAAAACGAAUCUCUGCUGAAGAUUCAAGCAAAA